CUCAUCAGUUAUCAACAGGAUUUCUUCAGAAUAAAAACAGUUUCUAGAAGCAUUCAGUUAAAAUGAAGUGUGACGCUGUAAUCGAGAAGAUCAAAACACGUGUUGCCGGUAUUGAUCCCAAAGGUCCACGUAAAGUUCUUGGUGUGUUCCAACUGUUCAUUGAAGCGAGUGACGGAACUCAUGAAAUUGUUGUUGAUCUGAAGAACUUGACGGUAACUGACGGCAAGGUGUCAAAUGCUGAUGUUGUGAUAAAUUUGAAAGACGAAGAUUUCAUCGCUGUCGGUACCAAGGCCAUAACGGUGCAUGCAGCUGUUGAGCAGGGUAAAAUCAAGAUGACCGGCGAUGAGGCUCUCUUCCAAGCACUGGUUGAUGCUAUCUGAAUAAUAUGUAUUGAAGUGCAUUCAACGUUUUCACUCGAUAGAUAAAAAUGAUUAAUCUUUGUGUUUUUUUUUAUGAUACUGCUAGAAACUGAAAAUAAAGAAAAUAUGUUUCAUUAGAAUAUAUAUAAACUUCA